GGCAGGGGCAGCAGCGGCAGGCUGGUGUUUUCGCUUUUGAAGCUGAGAUUUCGGGUCAGAUCUCAGACUCGGAGUCGCUGUGGGAGCCCGGAGUAUGGAGGGGAGGGUGAGUUAAACCGGGACAGACUGCAGCAGACAUGGGGUGGAGUUCAGAGGCCGGUGGAAGUGAGAAAAACGCUGUUAGCCUUCGCUGAAGUGCAGUACUGUGGCUACUGUGGCGUUAGCUGAGUGGCUAAUGGUUAAAGCAGUGUUGGUGUUGGAGUCUCUCUGAGCUCCAUCUGCUCUCCAAAGCCCAGCUUCACCUGUGUGGAAGAGAGAGGAACAUCUCACCGAGUCCCUCUGCGCUCCAUCUGCUCUCCAAAGCCCAGCUUCACCUGUGUGGAGGAGAGGAACAUCUCACUGAGUCUCUCUGAGCUCCAUCUGCUCUCCAAAGCCCAGCUUCACCUGCUUCACCUGUGUGGAAGAGAGAGGAGCGUCUCACUGAGUCCUUCUAGCUCCAUCUGCUCUCCAAAGCCCAGCUUCACCUGCUUCACCUGUGUGGAAGAGAGAGGAACAUCUCACCGAGUCCCUCUGCGCUCCAUCUGCUCUCCAAAGCCCAGCUUCACCUGUGUGGAGGAGAGGAACAUCUCACUGAGUCUCUCUGAGCUCCAUCUGCUCUCCAAAGCCCAGCUUCACCUGCUUCACCUGUGUGGAAGAGAGAGGAGCGUCUCACUGAGUCCUUCUAGCUCCAUCUGCUCUCCAAAGCCCAGCUUCACCUGUGUGGAAGAGAGAGGAGCGUCUCACUGAGUCCUUCUAGCUCCAUCUGCUCUCCAAAGCCCAGCUUCACCUGCUUCACCUGUGUGGAAGAGAGAGGAACAUCUCACUGAGUCCUUCUGAGCUCCAUCUGCUCUCCAAAGCCCAGCUUCACCUGCUUCACCUGUGUGGAAGAGAGAGGAGCAUCUCACCGAGUCCUUCUGAGCUCCAUCUGCUCUCCAAAGCCCAGCUUCACCUGUGUGGAAGAGAGAGGAACAUCUCACUGAGUCUCUCUGAGCUCCAUCUGCUCUCCAAAGCCCAGCUUCACCUGCUUUACCUGCUUCGCCUGUGUGGAACUGAUCUCCUGUAACGGCAGAGAGAGGAAGAUGAGCAGCCUUAAAGAGGAGUGUGAGGAUAUCAGUGUGAUGGAGGCGACUGGACUGAAGACUGAAGACCAGCAGAUGGACGAAGAUACAACAUCGUUUGAAGACUUUAAAGAGGAGAACAAGCCGGACGUGACGACGAUUCAGGAAGAACCCGGUGCGCAGCCACUUCACCAUGACGCUCAGCAUGGAAGCAGCCUCAGUGAUGCUUUCCUCCUAAAAGAUCACCUGAGAAUCCAUACCGGAGACGGACCGUUCGCCUGUUUGCUGUGCGGGCGCCGAUUCGCCGCCGAGAAAGCUCUGAAACGCCACAUAGACAUGCAUGAAGGAAAGAGACCUCAUCAGUGCUCCAAGUGCGAAUGGUGUUUCGCACGUCUGCCGGAUUUAAAACAGCACGAAAAGAUUCAUACCGGAGAGAAACCGUUCACCUGCUCCGAGUGUGGGAAGAGCUUCUUCAAGCUGAAUCGCCUCCGAACCCACAUGAUGAUGCACACCGGAGAGAAACCCUUCACCUGCACCGUGUGCGGGAAACAGUUUGCGCAGGCCAACAACAUCAAAGCCCACAUGGUGAUUCAUACCGGAGAAAGGCCCUUCAGCUGCUCCCAGUGCGGGAAGAGCUUCUUGCGAGUGUUCGACUACAAGAUCCACAUGAUGACUCACUCUGAAAAGAAGCCGUUCACCUGCUCCGAGUGCGGAAAAGGGUUUUCACAAGCAGGUCGCCUUAAAACCCACAUGAUGAUUCAUACCGGAGAAAAGCCGUUCGUCUGCUCCGAGUGCGGAAAGGGUUUCUCGGCGUCCAAACAUCUGAAGACUCACAUGGUGGUUCAUACCACCGAAAAACCACAUCCCUGCGCUCAGUGCGGGAAGAGCUUCUCCACGGCGAGAGUUUUAAAGAUGCACAUGUACAAACACACAGGAAACAAACCCCACCAGUGCCCUCAGUGCGAGAAGAGCUUCGUCAACCUGUCAGACCUGAAAGACCACCAAAGGACCCACACUGGGGAAAAGCCCUUUAUCUGCUCGCAGUGUGGGAAGGGGUUUGCCAGCGCAAGUGGUCUUACGUAUCACACGUACGUGCAUACAGGAAAUAAGCCUCACCAGUGCUCCCAGUGUGAGAAGAGCUUCAUCAAUCUCUCGAAGCUUAAAGCCCACCUGUGGACGCACACUGGAGAAAAGCCUUUCAGCUGCACGCAGUGUGGAAAGAAAUCGACAACGUUGUACAACCUUAAGAUCCACAUGAGGGUUCACACAUGAGACAUUUGAUCUGCUCUUAAUGUGGGCUGAUCAUCUGAAAGCAAGUCAGAGUUGAGAAAACCAUUGAUACUAUUGGCUAAAUAUGAUUGGAGGAUGAAGCCCCCGGGGAUAAGAUGUGCCUCCACCUUAUUUACCCUUCUCUCCUGACCAGACGAUGUUGCCAAAUCUGAUCUUGACACACUUACUGAACGGCUGUGGUGUAAUUUAUUUCCGAAAUUUCAUCGGGGUGAUGGCCUAUCUGGGAUUUAUUCCUGUUUGGGGUUAGUUGGUGUAAUUUGUCCUUGGAUAAUAGAGAUGUGUAUGUUUAUGAAAAGUUGUUAAUAAAGCAAUAAGCCACAAGAGGUCAUGCGUUACUGCAAUUUUAUCACAGGGAAAGGUGUUAUUAGAAAUGACGCGAAGCGAAGUAUAACUCCCGCGUGGUAAAAUCACUGCAGCGCACCGCCUCAAGUGGCUUAUUGCUUUUAUAAAAUGGCAGCCAACAUAAAAUAUGCUAAAAUACACAACUUAUUGUUAAUAAUCAACAUAAACAAGUAUUCUGCCAAGAAAUGUAGUUCCUUUAGAGUAUGGUAUUGUUGCCAAGCAACCAUGGCCCCCUGAAUGAGGAGAAUGGUCGGUUCCGACAGGAGCGAUAUGAUAACUCAGCACUGAUCAAUCACAAACCUUCACUUUAUAAAUACUUUUUGGUCACCAAAUUACCACCGCGAGUCUUAUUUAGCACCAAUCCAGCGGUGCCCUCUUCUCACACUGGGGCUGAAUCUCAAACGCCUCCCUGCUCCCUACAUAGUGCACUACGUAGGAAUUUAAAUACUGGAUCCUGCAGCCCAACAGAGCAAAAUGCAGCUAGGAAACAGUCACUUGGAGUACGGAGUCAUUUGGGACUCAGACUCAGACACAUCCACACUUGACAAAUGGUGCACUGUUGGCUAGCUGACCAGCCUGGUUUUACUUAAGAACAUAAGUUUCCAGCCCUUCAGUUUAAACAGAACCGGGUUCUUACUUCAUCAAUACACUCAGUGCUCCAUGCGAUCAACAUUAGAGUCAAAGAUUAUUCAUUAACAGCAGAACGGUUUUUCAUGCCGUGGCGCAGUGAUACAGAGUUCAGUGGUCAUAGGUGUGCAUAUAUCUUGGAGUUUACCACAGAUUUGCUCAGCCAAUCAGAUUUUAGGGCCAGAACUAUCCAUCUUAUAAAUAUAUAUAAAUAUGGGGCAGUUAUCCGGAGAGCAGCGCAUUUGUUUGUUUUAUUUAUUUAUAUAUUUAUUUUCAAGGAAAACUGUAAAACUGGAGGAAUGUUCCUAAAGCAGCAUUAUGCAAGAAUUAGUAUUAUUGCUCUUGGGCUCCCCCCCACAAUUGUGGAGCGCAUUUCACUUUCACACCACUAAAAACAUAGCACUGUGAGCGCCCCCCCCGGGCAGCUUUACAGGUGCAUUUGUUGUCGAGCUGAAGGAUACAGAGUCCAACUCACCUUUGUGGCUACGUUGUCAUGCAGGAAUAUGGAAGCUACAGAUUACACUUGUGAUUUCGAUUGUUUUUAUGUGUAGCGUCCAAAUGCCCGAUUCACGUGUAUGUGAAGGGGAGUCGAAAUCCGGCACAACACCGGCAAAGACAACAUCAGAAGGAGAAAGAAUUAUGUUGACUUACAAGGUAGAGCAACUUUACAGGAUGUUAUUGCAAACUUUUAAUGUGUAUCUGAUGUGAGAUUAAAGCCGGGUUUACACUACACAACUUUUACCCCGAUUCUAGUCCUGAGUCUCAGUCUGAGCUGGUCGGCUGUAGUCUGCAGAUUUUUGAGUCAGUUGGAGAGAGAGUCGAGUCACGUUUGAGGGACACUGACUCAGAUUUACUGCCUCCCAAUCGUGUUUCAGACCAGUCAGAGUUUAUCAGACAUGUUUGAUUUUUUGACCCGGCUCUUGAGUGUAAUCAGUGUAAACUGAUCAAUGCCUCAGUCUGAACGGAUUCCUGCAACAGCCAAUGAAAACUGAGAGAGCGAAAGAAAAAAAUACAGCAAGUAAUCAAAGAAAAAUGGUGAAAAGUCUCUCAGGUGUGGAGCGAAGCUUUUUAAUGACCUGAAUGAAUCGAGUUUAUGUACAUUUACAACUCUAAAAAUACCAAACUGAUCACAUUUUUAAAUCCAUGAUUUAAAAAUGUUUACCUGCUGCUUCUUUACUGUUUCAGCGCAGACGGCAGAGAAAACAGCAGCAGCCGCUACACAUUUGUUUAUCUGCGUCUCCCAGUAACGAGAGUUCACGCAAGUUCGCAGCAGCAGCUUAAAAGUUGAGUAGUCCCUAAAUGUUUAGUGUGGAUCCCCAAUAUUUCAGUCACCCUAAAAAAAUCCAGAAACCGGUCUGAUAGUGUGACCCGCCCAGUCUUUAUAAUCUUAACAGACUGACUUUUUGGCACAAGAUUAAUUCAUUUCUUUGCAUGCCAGCCUGAAACAGGGCUGAGGUUAGACGACUUUUGUCUCUGGAAAAUCUACAAAACUCAAAAGACAGAUAAUGUUCCGGUCUUUCAUCAACACUGGUAGGGAUGAACACUCUGCUGUUGGAGUUUUGCUGUUUUCCCGUUAGCAGUCAGACUGUCCUACCUCCUUUUGUCUGUUAUGAGUAAAAACCGGUCUGAGAUUUACUGUCCGGUCUCUUGCUUGGUCACUCUCUCUAUUCCACUUCCUCUGACAGUGUCUUCUUCAGUCUCUUCACAGCCUUGGCCAUGAUAUCCAGGCUGGGAAUACCGAGCUGCUUCUUCUUGUAGCUGCUGAGUUGAUGGUGAGUGACGUGGUGCCGUAAAACACUACGUAGUUCUGGCAAGAGGUUCUUUUGCUGCUCCUCCAAGGUUACAUAGCGCUAUAGCGCCAUUCUCACUGUUAUAAAUCAGUGUAGCAUCAAAAUGACUCUGAAGCUGUUAUUUUAAGGUAAAAUUGUUACAUAAUGCUGCUUUAAAGCUUCAUCAUGACGAUGCAGUGUUGUUCACUGGCUAGCUAGCAUUACUGAACAACUAUAAGGAUUGUUAGCUUGAAUUAGGAGACUUUUAUAGCCGUCUUGCUGACAGUGAGUUUGUAUGUCAUUAUGAUUAUGUAUAAUUCAAGUAUUAUAUGUAAUAUUGUAUCUAAUAUUGUAUGUAAUAAUACGCAAUUAAUAUGAUCAUAACUAUUAAAUUCAGGAACAAAGAUUCAA